AUAGUGUACUAUACGAAAUACGAGGUUUCUUUUUAACUCCUUGUCGUAGAAGAGAUAUUCGCCUUCUUCUUCUUGCUCGUUUCCUUCUGAUUGUUUUCUUUUUCUUUCAUCAAGAAGAAGAAGACGAAGAGAUACUGUGAUAAAUUGUGGUUAAGACUUUUCCUUUUCUUGAGAGAGAGAGAGAAUAAAUCGAGCUUUCAUCCUUUGUUGUUAUAUAUUCGUUAUUUGGACAGUGCCACUCCACGUAUUCUUCUGAUCUCUGAACUUUUGCAGAAGAUCUGUUGGGUUACAAUGUCUGAACAUGGCAUGAUUAUAGAGGGGAAAAAAAUGAGCAAAGCUUCUUCAGUCCAAGGUCAUGAAUCUGCUUGCUUAGGUCGUUGGACUCAGUUAGGUAAUGAAGUGAAGUUUCAUGAUCAGUCCAAGGACUUGAUCAAGCCUGAAGAUAAAAGACCUGACCAAGAGGUAUUGCCGUUUCCUAUGUUCAAGGUUUCUCAGAAGAGAAAUCGUAUCAAAAGCGAUGUGGGUUCAAGCUCAAAAGCUGUGGUGGGUGGUAAUAGAAUGUCCUGGAUGAAUGCGCAAGGAGACAAAGAGAAGUUCAGUUCCAGUAACCAUCUUGAUUUCCCAGUUCAAGAAAAGACUACACAGAACCUGCUAGAGUUGAUGAGACCGGUGAGGUUUUACGCAACGGUUGAUUCGGUUCAACGAGUCUCGGGAGAGAUCAACUUGCCAGAGGAAGAUGGUCAUCAGCUACUGAAGGGUUCCAUGAAACUGAAAGGGAAGAUUUUUGGUGGCUAUCUUGAUCUGUUUCCUAACGUAGAUCACCAAUAUAGAGGUGGAGUAAGGCUGCAGUCUCUAGAAAGCUCAAAGGACACCGAGGAAGAUGGGCCGAGACAAAAUGAAUCAUCUGCAGAGACUGAUAUCUUGGAAAUGGAUAAACUUCAGACAAUACAUCUUUCAGGCUCUAUUUCAUCAUCAUCAACUAAGGGCAAAGGAAGAAGAGGCGAUUCAGCCAUUCCUAGAACUGAAAUACCUGACAUGAAUGAAGAGCCUCCUCUAGUUCCGGAUGGAGAGAACUCAGUAGAUGGGCACCAAGGUGAAACAAGCAACUCGGCUACUCUAAGUAUGAACGUGGAUCACUUUCUGUCAAGAGACUGCAAACGAGUGCGGUUGGAACCAGAAAUGGAACCCAGCAGUAGAUGGGUGAAGCGUCUGAAAACAACAGCAGCCUCGGAUUCCAGCGGACACGGUGAAACCAAGAGCCUGAUGAAGAAUGAAGUCGCAUCUCCGGGCCAAAAAGGGAACAACAAUAAUAAACUUUUUCUUGAAAUCUUGAAGUCUGGGAUCAACAAUCUCCAACCAAGAAAUCAAGAACCCGUCACUCCAGAAAUUAACCAGGGAGGAGAAGACGUUACGCUUCAGCAUCCAUGGAUCCAGAGGUGGUGCAAGAAGAAAGCUAAUCAACCAGAAGGGCAACAAGAAGUUAACUUUGAGCCAGAGAACCAAAAGGAGUUGGAGAAGAAACAGUAUCCGAGUAUUGCAGCCAUGGCACUGAUGGGGAAGGCUCUGAGUGGUUUAAACCCUUAUGGUCUUAAAAAGACCGGUUCUCUCAUGGUUUGGAAUGCUCGGGAUUUAAGGUAGGAAAAAAUAAGCAAAAUCAUCAUCCAGAUCAUCCUCGCUAUCAUUACAACAUAGAGACAAGAAAGCCAAGACUAAGAUAUCAGAGGCUUCAGUUGAAUUCCAAACAUGUAAGAUUUUGACAAGACUUCCUAUAUCAUCUAGUCUCCGCAGACGUCGAUCGGUCUCACUAUUUUUAUUAAUAUCUGUUAUUUGUAACGUAAAACUUCUGGUAGACAGUAGAUAUAUAGUAGAACACUAUUCCAUUUUGUCA